AUGAACUCCGAGACGGGUGGUCCGCGCGGGGAGAGGAUCACCUUUGUCACCUUUGUCACCGGGAGCACCUUUGUCACCUUUGUCACCGGGAGCACCUUUGUCACCGGGAGCACCUUUGUCACCGGGAGAACCUUUGUCACCGGGAGCGCCUUUGUCACCGGGAGCGCCUUUGUCACCGGGAGCGCCUUUGUCACCGGGAGCGCCUUUGUCACCGGGAGCGCCUUUGUCGCCUUGUGUGCCUUUCUUGGGAAAGAAACGAUCCCAGACGCUGAGAAAAAUGUUGAGAAGCAAGGCUUGGAGCUGGACGUACAAUUAGUGUCGGCCACAACCCACGGUAUCAUCGUCAUCAUCAUGACCACCACCACCACCAUCUUCUGA